CGUGUUUGAAUACCUCUCCAGAACCUAUGGCGGGAAGCAUUGGGAGGGGGGGCAGCCGCGGUGACGAUUGGCCGUCCGCACAGUCACAAUUUGGAGCAGGCGGGGGGCUCACAGGGGCAGGUCCGUCGGCAGGAUCUAUCUAUCUAUUUAAUUAAAGGAUGAUUAUGCCGUGUGCUUUCAGGAUGGGACGUGAUAAAGUUGUAGUGGUGAUGCUCACGCGUCUCGCAGCCAUGCGUCGUUGUUAGUGGAGUGGUCAACACUUCGGCUGUUUUAUAGGGGCCGCUGGACUGGGCUACGGCGCAAGUAGAGAGAGAGAGGGGGGGGUGGACGUGAACCGGGAUCCAGGCCUAGUAGUAUUGCCGCCGGGAUUCUCCGCAUCCGCUUUCAAAAAAUGGGGAAUUAUCCCAUUUAAAUGCAGAAAUGGAUUGUUUAACAGUGGCUUUUGCGGUGGGUGUUCAUGGAAUGGUAAGAUUCUCGCGGCAGAUCGGUGUCACCGGUGUCUGAUCCGUGAUUUUGUUUAAUGACCGUACGUCCGUCGGAGGGAAGCGUGUGUGUGGGUGUGUGUGUUUGUGUGUGCGCGCACGUCAGUGUGUAUGUGCAGAUGAACUCGGCGGGUGUCAUUCAUGCAUGUCCGUGCUAUGUUGUGUCCUGUUCGCGGCGGCGGAUGACAUGUAGCCCAAGAUUGGUGGACGGGCGCCGACAUGACAUGCCAUUUUGAUCUGGAUCCCAAUAACAGACGAGCGGGUUUAGGUUCAUCCGUUGCAUAUCGAGUUAACCCUUCGCUGUCGAUGGCCAGGUUUGGCGUGUUAGCAGAGUGUGUAUGUAACGUUGUUGCAUGACGUGACGCACUGGCCAUAUGCACACCGGACGACUCCAUUCCCCCUUCCGGGCGGCGUUGCUGUGCAGACGGGUUGCGAGUUGACUGCCGUGAGGAAGAAGCAAGGAUAGCAGGAUGACAGGGCCAUGUGCGUUGCCUUGGAGACAGGCCCAACAUUCCAGCUGCCCUUUGACCUCUGGCUGAGUCUCCCGCCCCUUCUUCCAGGCUGCUCUUCACGUCAUGGCUGCGGUCUGACCAUGUCAGCCAGCGGGUCCUCCUUCCAGCACCCGUCGCUCUACGGGCUCCCCAAAACUCCCAACUCCCCCCACUUGUCGCCUUUGCCGCCCUCCUCCUCCACCUCCUCGUACAGCUCGUUGCGUCGGCUGCAGAGACUGACCACCACCGCCGCCGCCGCCGCCACCAGCAGCAGCAGCAGACCCCAGCCAGCCCGGUCUGGGAGGGUCCCGGGGGGACAGAGGCAGGGAUGCGCCGAGUGGGAGUGGGAAGGAAGGGGCGGCGGCGAGAAUGCCGUCGAGGGGGGCGGUUCGAGCAGGGAGAACGGCAGCGUGGGGGAUGACCCCCUCGCUCACGGACAGCACGGCGUGGCCGGGCGAGCGUCCCGGGAGCAGAGCGACUCCAGCGACUCUGGCCCGCCCAGCCCGGCCUUCUCCCUCAACAGUAACAGCCCCUUCGCCAACGGCCUCCUCCAUUUUGAGUCGUCCUUGUUUGAGGACGACGACGUCAACCAGGACAUCGACGACGACGACGACGACGACGACGGCGACGACGGUUUCGACGAAGGCCAAGCGGUCGAGGUGCGCGGGCGUUCCCCCGGUACGACAGAGGAGCAGGGACGGUCGAACGAGACGGCCGUCCCAGAGUCCGACCCCGGGGUGUCGUGCGCCGGUUCCACGGGCGCCCCGGCAGCUCUGAGGCCAGCGGUGCCGCCGGCCAAGGUGGUGACCCGCUCCCAGCGCUCGGGCCAGCGCCGGAGGUACUGGGAGGAGUCGGAGAGCGAGUGGGAGAGUGACAGCGAGUUCUUUGGGUUUGAGAGUACCACCGUUGAGAAUCCAAUGCCAUGCAGUCCAAAGAAGAAAUCAGUCCCCCCCUUAAAGUUCUUGGAGGGUGAGGUUAUUUGGGCCAAGUUCAACCGAAGACCCUGGUGGCCUUCUCAGGUGGUCGUGGACCCCACCAACGGAAUCUAUCACAGGGUCAAAGAGCCCAGUGAUCGUCCCUGUCGACUGUACUACGUGAGGACCUUUGGGAAACCAGUGGAGUAUGCCUGGGUGGAAGGAAGAGCCACUCAUUCAUUCAACGGCGGCUUUCAAUUCGAACAGCUCCCCCUAUUGAGGCGGAGGGGCAGGCAAAGGGAAAACAACUACAAAUAUUCUAUUGCCAAGCGAUACCAGGAGGCCUGGAAGUUCAGUGUGACUGAAGCAGAGGUUUCUUUCCAGGAAAUGUCCAGAAGGGCCUCCUCCCUGAGAGACGAUGCCUUUCAUGACGUCUCCACAUCUGAAACAAAAAGUACAGUCCAACCGACUCCUGCUCCAGCUUCUGAGGCGUCUAAACCAAGUCACAUGGCUGAUGGAUCUGACUUCUGCCCGGGCAAAACAAAGAAGCCAAGCAUUUUAAGAAAGACUUCUGUUAAAAAUAAAACCAGAAGUUCUACGACCUGCACCAGUAGUAACGACUCCAGAAACCCACGCGGUAACCAGGAGCCGUCAGAUCGAGUGGCCGGCGAAUGCCCUUACUCCGACCUUGAAUCUGUCCCCAAGAUUUUAUGUCCCACAGCACUUGAGCGCCAGUCCAAACCAGUUCAGUCUGUGCCUUUAGUUACCCAGGCUCUUUCUUCGGUUGUCAAGGAAGUAACCAAACAGCCCGAGAUUCACAGAGGCCUGUGGUUCAGCAAAGCUGGAAAAGACAGACGACCAAAAACUACAAGUCCCAUGCCUGAUCGCACUGUCUUCGGUAAACUGCCCUGUAAGAAGAAGAUCCAAUCUGUAGUCAGUAAAAGGACUCACGUCAACGGUGUCAACCACACUGCGACUGGAGUGGCAGUUUCCCAGCAAUCGUUACAAGACAAAAAUAAGACCAGCCUGUGUGCAGAAACUGGAAUGCCUUCGGACCAGUCAGGGCCUUCAAAUAAGCCUGUAGAAUUGAUCCCUUCCAAAAGUCUGAGUGAUAAUUGUAUUAUAACCGAAAAGCUCACAAAUCAAUGGAAGGACAAACAAAAAAAGAAAUCGGCUGCCCAUUCUCAAAGGACCAAGCUUGAUGGUGUGUGCACCACUAAGCCGUUGGAUCACCUUACCUCUAAAAAAUGUAUCCCAGUCAGCAACAUAAAGGACUGUCUCAAAGACCCACCAGACCAUUCCGAGGCUGAACAUAGACCGUCCUCUAAUGAAACUACUGACUAUUCAGAAAAAUCUGAAAGCAUUGGCAGUAAAAGGGCCCAUACAAUCGGCAAAUUAGCUAAACAAACGCAUACUGUAGAAAAUAAUAAGUCGAAAGUUAUGGAUUUAUCGGAAAGUCCUUUAGUUCAGUCGCCAAGCUUAGAGGAGCAAAAUGUUUCAACCUCUAGUGCGAUUCAGUUGGUCAAUCCGGCACAAAAUGAUUUCAGUGAUAAAGGCCCCCAGCAGCCAUUAGAAAGUAGCGAUUCAAUUUUUAAAUUAGGGUCAAAGGAGUCCUUAAAGGAAAUUCCCGGUGUAGAAUCCAAAAGCAUAUCGGUUAAUAAUUUGGCUAGCAUGGGUGGGACUGUCAAACCUUUUCACAAAACGCGAUGGUCUCAAGAGAGCAGUUUGCAAUUAUCAAGUAAGACUAAUCAAUCAAAAGGCCCGGAAGUAAAAUGGAUGUCCAUGAUCAAUACAAAAAGUACAACAAGCAAAACCACUGACCAGUUAAACAUCGCAGAACUUAAAAAAAUGAAUGCCGUUCAUGGACUCAAUGGCAUGACAUCCCAGCCUUCUCCACAGCAAGCGGAAUCGUCUACCGAAGUUGUGCAAGCAUCUCCUGCAGCACCAGAACCAUGUUCGAUGGAUGUAAGCAAACCUCCAGAAGAACCACUGUCACUUCAAGAUGAAUCCAAAGAGAGUCCAAACGAAUCACCGAACACGAUCGAUGAGCAGCCCGCGCACCUGCCGGCCAGCAACCGCCUGAUGACCAGAGCUCUGAAAGCGCUGCAGGAAACGGAACGACUAAAGCGGGAAAAAGCUCUGCAGGAACUCGAUUGGAAGAAGAGUUCAGAGCAGCGUAAAAAAACGGAUGGCAACGAAAGGAGAAGUUCAGACAAUUCCUCGGCCUUAACAGGGACCAAGCAAGGCGUCUCCACAAAGCAGAGGUCCACGAAGACGAGGCCUCGGAGCGGGCCUUCCUCCAGCUGCAGCGCUCUCUCGUCCUGCGAGAGCUUUUCCGACCCAAAUGACGUGCAAGUUGAGGUCAAGAGUGAGGAUGAAGACGUCCCCGUGUCCCCCACUCCGCCCAUGGACUUCAUCCCCCUGACCGCGAAGGUAAAAACAAAGAAGGAAAACUGUUCCUCUGACACAUCCUCCUCCUCCUCUUCCUCCUCUUCAACUAAAGCGUCCUUUUCCUUCCUGGAUCAGAUUAAAAACAUAAAGGAGGUGUCCUUACAGUCAGUGACCAACGAGAGCGACGGUAAGCCGGUUUCGUUCAAACCCGACACAAACUAUAAGUUCAGUACUUUUCUCAUGCUGCUGAAAGAUUUGCACGACACCAGGGACCGGGACGGGGUCCCGCUGGAGCUGGACAUCGGCCCUGCGAGCUCCCACGUGAAGCAGGAGCCCUCGGUGAUCCCCGGGACGUCCGGAGAGGAUCCUCAUCGAGGAACGACCAGUGCCUGCGGAGCUGUGCUCGUCGCAAACGAAGCCAAGACCUCGCAGAAGGACGGUGUGACGCACGGGAGGAGACCCGGCCAGCCCUCCAAAGGCUCCGGCGGCGGGAGGAAGAGAACCGUCAACUCUGCGCGGAGGAAGAAAGCUCCGGCUCCUUGUAGUCCGGCGAGCUCGGGCCCUGGGUUCCCCGGGCGGGAGCUCUCGUCCGGGGGUGACUCGCGUAGCGGGGACGGACACGUCCCGACGGAGGGAGGGAAGGGUGGCGGCGUCGUGGUGGAAGAGGGGUGUGGAGCAGCGAAGGAGGGGGAGAGUCGGACCACUGUGCCUUUGGAAGAGAGGGUGUUGGACGCUGCCCGGUUCUCCCCACCAAAGACUAGUUUGCAGCCCCCUGAGGAUCUCCAUGUGGAGGGCGCAACGCUGAACAAUAACUCGUGGGGCGGCAGUGGAGGAGGCCAGGAGACUUCCAAAGUGCAAAAACGGAUCCGAAAACCAAGCAAAAGGCUCAUCGAAUGGAACGAGGAUUACGAUCAGAUCUUCUCCACGAGGAAGAAGACCAAAAAGCCGCCCCAGCCAGGGGGAAAGAGCCCUCCGCACAUCAGUAGCCAAUCUGAGCCACCGGCGCUAUUGGACGACGGCGGGAUUGGCGGCGCGUCGCAGGCAAUACUUCCUGAAGUCCAGACUCCGCCCCCUGAGGAGACUCCGCCCACACAGCGAGAAGUUCUCGUGCCUGAAGUCUCACCGUCUCAAGAGGCCCCAGUGCUUUCCAUUGAUACCCUAACCCCUCCCCCUGACGCUGACACUGCCCAGGCGGCCGACGGCUCCAUCACAGAGGAAGGUAGUGUUUCACUAUUGAAGAGCAAGAGGAAGAGGAAACCUACUCAGAGGAUUCUACAAUACUGCCUCGAAGCUGAGGCUUCAAUCGGCCCCAAAAAGAAGGUCAAGUCUUUGAGGCAUAUCCCACCAAGUCCUCCGGCUCCUUCUGACUGCGGGGGGCCCUCAUCAGAGUGUGACGAGCGUCAGUCAGUGAUGUCCGGCGACGUCAGGAGUGACCCCGCACCGCUGACCGCCAAGGCCCCCUGUCGCCAGCCCGCCGCUCCUUCUCCGACCCCUCCCGCGGUCACCGCUCCACCCCCUGUCGCCAGCCCGUCGUCUCCGACGCCAGAGGAGGCGUCCGACUGCGCCCUCCCCACCCCCACCCCCCAGCCGGACGGCCCCCACACACACGAGGAUGAAGACGAUGGUGGAAAGGACUGCCUCGGCUUCGAGGGUGUUCAGGGGGAGGAGCCCUGUCCGGACGGCAGCAAUCCCUCCUGUAAGGAGGACUCUCUGCUGUGUGACGAGCACCUGUUCCCCACCAGGAAGCUCAUCGGAGAGCGAGGAGGCCCCGCCUCCAUGAAGGAGAACAUAUGUCAGGUGUGUGAGAAGUCUGGGGAGCUGCUGCUCUGCGAGGGCCAGUGCUGCGGGGCCUUUCACCUGGCCUGCAUCUCGCUGGCCCAGGCCCCCAAGGGGAAGUUCAUCUGCCCAGAGUGCAAAUCAGGGCUCCACACCUGCUUCGUGUGCCGGAAGCGCGGCGAGGAGACGCGACGCUGCAUGAUCCCCGUGUGCGGCAAGUUCUACCACGGCGAGUGCGCCGCCGGCCACGCGCCCACGGCGCCCGUCAACCGGGGCUUCCGCUGCUCGCUCCACGUCUGCCUGACCUGCUUCCUGGCCAACCCCGGCAACCCGGCCGGCUCCAAAGGCCGUCUGAUGCGCUGCGUGCGCUGUCCGGUGGCCUACCACGCCACGGACGUGUGCCUGGCAGCGGGCUGCGUGGUCCUGUCCAACAACAGCAUCGUCUGUCCCAACCACUUCAGCGCGCGCCGCGGCGUCAAGAACCACGAGCACGUCAACGUCAGCUGGUGCUUCGUCUGCACCGAGGGGGGCAGUCUGUUAUGCUGCGAGUCCUGCCCCGCCGCCUUCCACCGGGAGUGUCUGAACAUCGACAUGCCCAAAGGAAGCUGGUACUGCAAUGACUGCCGGGCGGGAAAGAAGCCCCACUACAAGGACCUCCUGUGGGUCAAAGUGGGCCGGUACAGGUGGUGGCCGGCCGAGGUGAGCCACCCCAAGAGCAUCCCGGAGAACAUCCAGCGCAUGAAGCACGACGUGGGCGAGUUCCCCGUGCACUUCUUCGGCUCCAACGACUACCUGUGGACCUACCAGGCGCGCGUCUUCCCCUACAUGGACGUGGACGCCAACAGCAAGGAGCGCAUGGGCAAGGGCGUGGACGGCAUCUACAAGAAAGCGCUGGAAGAGGCGGCCGUUCGGUUUCGAGAGCUGCAGGCUGAGCUGGAGCUCCGGCAGCUCCAGGAAGACCGCAGGAACAACAGGAAACCACCGCCGUUCAAACUCAUCAAGGUGAACCGGCCGAUAGGAAAGGUGCAAAUAAUCGUGGCGGACCUGUCGGAGAUCCCGAGGUGCAACUGUAAGGCGUCGGACGAGAGCCCGUGCGGGACGGACUCGGAGUGUAUCAACCGCAUGCUGCUGUACGAGUGCCACCCCCAGGUGUGCCCCGCAGGGGAACGCUGUCUGAACCAGGCCUUCCUGAAGCGCCAGUACAGCAAGGUGGAGAUCUUCAGGACGCUGUCCCGCGGCUGGGGCCUUCGCUGCGGCCACAUCAUCAAGAAGGGCGACUUUGUGAGCGAGUAUGUCGGGGAGGUGAUCGACGAGGAGGAAUGCAGAUCCAGGAUCAGGCAUGCCCAGGAGAACGACAUCUGCAACUUCUACAUGCUGACUCUGGACAAGGACCGGGUCAUCGACGCCGGGCCCAAGGGCAACGAGGCGCGCUUCAUGAACCACAGCUGCCAGCCCAACUGUGAGACCCAGAAGUGGACCGUGGGCGGGGACACGCGCGUGGGGCUGUUCGCCCUCGUGGACAUCCCCGCCGGCAUCGAGCUGACCUUCAACUACAACCUUGAGUGUUUAGGCAACGGGAAGACGGUGUGUAAAUGUGGAGCUGCCAACUGCAGUGGCUUCCUGGGGGUCCGACCCAAGAACAACCCCCGGACGGACGACAAGGGCCGCAGGAUGAAGAAGAACCAGGCCAAGAGGAAGAGCCAAGCCGUCUUGACCAAAGAGCGUGAGGACGAGUGCUUCAGCUGUGGAGACGGGGGCCAGAUGGUGUCUUGCAAGAGAGCGGGCUGCCCUAAGGUGUACCACGCCGACUGCCUCAACCUUACCAAGAGGCCCGCAGGCCGCUGGGAGUGCCCGUGGCACCAGUGCGACAUCUGCACCAAGGAGGCGGCGUCGUUCUGCGAGAUGUGCCCCAGCUCCUACUGCGCCCAGCACCGCGACGGCCUGCUCUUCAUCUCCAAGCUGGACGGCAAGCUGUGCUGCAGCGAGCACGACCCGUGCGGGCCCGACCCGCUGGAGCCCGGGGAGAUCCGGGAGUACACGCCCGACGCUGGUGGGGGCCCGGCGUCGGCCGCCGCCCCUCCGCUCGCGGUGCCGGAGAUGACCCGCGCCGGCCCCGGGGCCUCCCACCCCUCGCCCCGCCUCUCCGCGCCGGGGCCCGCCGCCGCCGCCGCCCGUGCCGUUAUGGGCCCCUCGCCGCCGGCCCCGCCCCCUGCAGUGCGGCCCUGCAGCCCGCCUGCGCUGCUCUCCGUCCCGCAGUACUCGCCCAUCUCCUCGUACGAGGAGGAGAGGGACGUGGCGGAGGAGGAGCUCUUGGAGGAGGAGGAGGAGGAGGGGGAGGUGGAGGUGGAGGGGGGGGGAGGGGGGGGAGGAGGGGGAGGAGAUGGACAGAACAGGAAUGUCCAAGCGGAGCCUGGAGGAGAGUUUGAGUAUCUCGACAUCAGUGAGGAGGAAGAGGAGGAGGAGGAAGAAGAGGAAGAAGAAGAAGAAGAAGAAGAGUGAUAUUGCAAAGCAAUGUCUUUCUAGGUACUGCGCUGGAUCUAAAUGCGGACCUAUCAAAGCCCACGCGAGAAUUGCCUGUGUCGGCGGUGAACCUAGGAGCAUUUUCGUGGGAGGGGGGUAACAGACAUGAAUAACUAAGAGCAGAACACUAGUCGGUGGACACUUCUUGCGUCGCGUGUGACACAGUCUGCCUAACGAGAUAGUGGAUCUGUUGAGAACUUUGUGCUUGGGGAGGGGUGGGAAGGGACUAUGACCUGGACUUGUUGGUGACUUUGCACACACUGACGUCGUUUGCACCUUGAUAUGGAGGAAGAGAGGACGGAUAAGAAAAAUGUGUAUCUAAUAUUUCAAACCUGGACUCAUGGAAAUUGUUAUCAUAGCUCCAUUUAGUUUUAUCGUGUGUGUGUGUGUGUGUGUGUGUGUGUGUGUGUGUGUGUGUGUGUGUGUGUGUGUGUGUGUGUGUGUGUGUGUGUGUGUGUGUGAGAGAAUCAAAGAAGCUGUCUUGUCACUUUCUGGAUUGUCCUGGUGUUUGCUGUCAAUGACUUUGGUGUCAUUCAUUCAGAGGGCAAGGCCACUUGUGCAAUUGGUUUGUGUCUUUUCAACGUGGAUCACAAUGACUUCUCCAUUGCCAUGCAGACCCAGCAUGGUCCAUGCUAUGUAGCCGCUACGUAGCUGCUGUUCAUUUGGAGUCCUUGUUGGCGGAUGGGAGCGUGGGGCCUGCAGAGUGCAGUGCUCGUUGGUUAGCAAUGCUAAAUCCAGCAGCUGUUGCGUGGACGUUUGGCUGUGUGUGUGUGUGUGUGUGUGUGUGUGUGUGUGCGUGUGUGCGUGUGUGCGUGCGUGCGUGCGUGCGUGCGUGUGUGUGUGUGUGUGUGUGAAAGUAUUGUUAUGCUCCUUUCUAGACUUUAGCGCUGAUGACCCCUAAACCUGCUGCUAUGCACAAUAGCUAUCGCCCCACAUGCAGAUCAAUGGACCACGUCUGACCAACACGCUAUGCUCGGCCACCAUAGCAUUUACUUCUCCUCCAUUUUAUCUCCCACCUAACUCCAUCCUGUCACCCAAACGACACCAUGGCAACCUACAGCUUAGCUACAGAAACAGGUGUUGUGCCUCCGGCUGUGUGAAUAUUUACCUUGAGUGUCAUCGUAGUGACGUUACCCUGACAUUUUUAAAUGGACAUCCAACCGUGUGCUUGUGCGGUUUCAAACGGCCGCCAAAUGAAUUGGUAUUCUGUUGAUUUAUUUAAGUGUAAAAGAGCAUUCAGAUUUGUAGAGGCGCCUCCCUUGUACACAUUAGGAAGAUAAUGCUGAUGUUCCAUCCCCAUCGUUUUCUUGUGCCCCCCCGUUAGUUUUCCUGGACAGCAAUCCAUCCCUGUUUUAAUCUUUCUACAAUGAGGAAAAUAUGACCCCCUUUCCACCACUUCCACCUGGCACUGCUGACGUUAGCCGUUAGCUUUAGCCUACCGCUCCCAUUGUUCCAUGCACACCCCAGUCAGUGUCCAUCAGAGACACUAAACAUUUAAAACAGUAUAUCUUGUAUAAUAUAGACGUAUUAUCUCUAAUUUGCCUUAAUUCUAAUCUAACAAUAUAGUAUUGUUUAUAAUGAGAUUCUUAUUAUUGAAGCCGCAUAUUCAAGAAAUAUGUAGAGCACUUAAUGGUGGCAACUUAAGUUGUAUAUCUAUUGGAUUGACCAUUGAAAAAGGCAAUUGUUGCAGUGGAUCACAUUUGGUUUUGUUUGUUUGUUGACAAGAGGCAUGCUGUUGUAUUUGAUGAGUCUGAAUACAUUCUUGAUAUUUAUUUCCCCAGCGAGUGUCUAAUGGGCUUAUUUCUAUAGGACUGCUCACAGGAGAGAACGGGAGACAUAAUAUAAGUAAUAAUUUUUGUCUCUGUAACCAGUCCAGUUGUCUGUUUGGGUCAGGGACAUUUCACUGCUGUGACUCUGGGCUGUCGUGCUAAAAUGGUCAAUGUGUUUGGUCUCCAUGAAGCAUAGAUAUGUCUUUCACGUCGUUUUGGUUUAUUUGUUAUCUUUUAUUUUCCCUUGACUGGUCAGUGUUGUGACUGAGUGAGCCAGCUUGUAUUAAUCCAAUUAUUGUACUUUAUUUUAUGAAGAUGAAAUGGAGAACCCAGUGUCUGGGCUCUUUGAUCGAACAGUGCUCCACUCACCGUUUUAGUAAAGUGUAACGGAAGGAAAUGACUAAAUGAUGGAAUUCCCUCCUGGUGUCUGGUGGAUCACAAAUCCAUCAUGAAUGAAUAAGGAAUCAAGAGAUAAACACAGUAAAGGUACAUUUCUUUAUUUCGACAGUUUGACCUACUUCUCAAUUAAAAAAGACCCCAUGAUAAAAGUCAUGGUUUCUCAAUCACAACUAACAGUAAUCGUUUGAGUCAGUUGGUACCAUUAGUUUCGUUGAACACCUUGAAGAGUUUAGUGAACAUUUUUUGCACGAAAAGAUGCAUAUGAAAAUAAUGCGCAUUAUGUUUGCUUGGAUUAGACACAAAUCAGUAAAUCCAUCUCUACAUGCCUCUGAGUAAAUCUUUAUAGAGUGGUACAAAUUGAUGAUGGAGGUAAUGAUGAUGUAAAUCAUGACAAUGUUGCCAUGGUAGCGAUGGUCUACGUAUCCUAGAGCGACAGCUCUGCACCAUGGUGGUUCUCAUAGCUGAAUCAUUGGGAGCAAUAAUGGGUACAUCGUGUUAUUGUGCAUAAUUUCUUAGUACAGUUAGACUAUGAAACAGCAUCAUUAGAACAAUCCUCCCUGAUCAUAAAAAAAAACUGGAAAACCUCGACGACAGCUCCGGUUGUUUUGCCCCUUUCCUCACAAGAUGCUGCAAACGGCUGCCAUUGACUACACAACCUAAGGUCGGCAUGGUGUCCCGCUUAGCCUCUUGGUAUUAAUGAUCAUGUUCCCUGUAGCAGUGGGCUCUUUUAUACCGAACCAUAAAAGGCGGAGCACUGCAGUCUCGGUAACGGCCCUGAAGGGUCUAAAGGUCUCUGGUUACAGCGUGUUCUUUUUUUUUCGGACUCCUCUUUCUUUGUGAAGCGGCUGGUCCUUAAGGGUCUGCGAAUUUUUUUACCAGUUCUGCUUUCUUUCGAGGCAACAAGAAGUGGCUGGUGACGAAACUACAUUGUCUGAUAAUUACUUUUUUUUUUAUUACUCAAGUCGAUUAGUGAUGAUGGGUGUGGAUACUAAACCUGACGUACUCCUGCAUCCAGUGUUUAAAAUACUACGACAACGAUGUCGGCCUGUGCUCACACAUGGAGAGGAAGUUAGUCCUCAGUUCCCCGUGCUGCGAAAGAGCCAGCACCGUGUCGACCGCAAGCCAUUUCACCAGAAAUCUGACGUCACUGUUUCCCCAUCUCAAACAAAUUUAAACUGAAGUUUAUUUUUGAGAAUUGACAUUCCAAGAGUAUCACAGCUCAACGUAUGCAUCAUUUGUAACAUUUUUUUCCUUUUGUUUGGCAAUUUUAGUUUUAUGAUUUGGACUUUGGAAAAUAUCCUUAAAUGCAUAAGAAAUCCAUCGAAACUUACUUUCCAGUUUUUCCCAGAUACUGUUGCCUGGCCCACAAUAUGCACUACAAUCCAAAAGAAAAUAAGAAUUGUGGGGCUAAAAUAAAUACAAUGAAUGAAAUAACAUAACAGCUUAACUAAACACAAAACAGGUUGUGACAAAUCCUUCCAUGUGUCAUAACACUCAUUUAAGGAGUAUGCUCUUAAUAUUCCAGAACAGUAAACAAAAGCAUCCGGGGCUGAACAAAAAAAAUAAAUGGCAUCAAAAUAUUGAUUAAUUGACACUUUAUCACAGAAAGGAGUGUACAAUAAUGCAGCAACUCCUACAAAGGCAAAAGCAACAGUAGGUUGUUCGUAAUGCUUUGGACCAAAGCACAGUGUAAGUAAAGUGUAGCAGUCAUGUGGCGUUGCAGUUACUUAACUGUGACAACACUCGUGGGUUUCCUGUGUUGGUAAAACCUGUGUGUGUCAGAUGAUGAUAUCUGGAGGGGAGGGGAGACCCAUUGACACUGUAAACUUAAGUCUCUCUCACACAAAUGUAUUUCUUCCAGCAAGUUCAAAGUGUCACUGCAGCAUUCAUACAUUCUUUUUAAAACACGCCAGUGAACUUUUAUUUAUUAAUGUCUCAACACUUUAACACAAAAGAUCUGGCAAACGUUGUUUUUUCCUUUGUUUUUUUACAUGGCUUAAAAUAAUGGCUUCACAAUUGUGGGUCAAGAUUUGAAUGAGUCCACCAUGGCGUGUACAUGAUAAAAUAAGGCGCAUUUCGUUUCCAGGGAUGUAAACACUCACAAAAAACAAACAACGCCUAACAUCAUAAACAGGAGGAAAACCACCCCUCCACCACACUUGUUUUAGAUGAGUUCAGA